AUAUUGACACAAACGCUGGGUGAAGCUAGCAGACUAGUACAGUAGCGUAUUGGGCAACCCAGCAGUGCAGGUUGGCCGGCCCGGUUGAGUGUGUAUAUAAGGGUGCGUGUGCGCCAUGACAACUCAUCACCAAGCAGCUAGCAGGGAGGCGUACCAGGCCAGCGGUGUGAAGCUUAGCUAGCGAUACACAUAUAGCUAGACAGUCAAGCUAGGCAGUUAGCUGGGAUCGAAGCUCGAUCUAGCUCAAGAGGCUCUAGCUCACAUGGAACUCGCCGGGAGAUGGAGGAAGCUGAUGCCUUACAUGGCCAUGGUGUUCCUCCAGUUCGGCUUCGCCGGCAUGUUCCUCAUCUCCGUCGCGUCGCUGCGCCAGGGCAUGAGCCAUUACGUCCUCGUCGUCUACCGGAAUGCCGUCGCCGCCGUUAUCAUGGCGCCCUUCGCGCUCUGGUUCGAGAGGAAAACAAGGCCGAAAAUGACCCUCUCCCUCUUCUACAAGAUCCUCGCUCUGGGACUACUUGAGCCUGUUCUUGACCAGAACUUCUUCUACAUGGGAGCCAAGAACACGUCGGCUACCUUCUCCUCAGCGCUCACCAACGUAUUGCCCGCAGUAACAUUUGUGAAUGCCAUUCUACUGAGGAUGGAGAGGAUAAGCAUCAACGAGCGGCGGAGCCAGGCGAAGAUCGCCGGCACGAUGAUCACGGUGGCGGGAGCGGCGGUCAUGAUCCUCUUCAGUGGCCCAGUCGUCAACUUCCCGUGGAGCAGGCACGGCAGCAGCCACAGCGCCGUGGCUGACGGCACCAGCCACAGCAGCGGCCGCAUGCUCAUGGGCAUCUUCAUGAUCCUGUUCAGCUGCUUCUGCUGGUCCCUCUUCUUCAUACUUCAGUCCUACACGUUGAGGAGCUACCCGUCGGAGCUCUCGCUGACCACGCUGAUAUGCGCCAUGGGCGUCGCGCAGAGCGGGGCGCUGGCGCUGGUGAUGGAGCGUGACAUCAAGGCUUGGGCUAUCGGCUUCGACAUGAGGCUCUUCACGGCAGUCUACUCUGGCAUAAUGUGUUCCGGGGUUGCUUACUAUGUGCAAGGGAUAGUGAUCCAGGAGAGAGGGCCAGUGUUCGUCACCGCUUUCAGCCCUCUCUGCAUGAUCAUAGUCACUGUGCUAGGCUCUUUCAUCCUUUCUGAGGUGAUCACCUUGGGAAGGCUGAUUGGUGCAAUAAUUAUUGUCAUUGGCCUCUAUGCUCUCAUAUGGGGCAAGAGCAACGACCAUGUGGUUCAGGUUGUGCGAGAGGACAGUUUUGACAAGCACAAAGUUUUUGAGCUUCCGUUCACUGCAACAAACAUUACGAAAGCAAGCAACCUGGAACAGAUUUGACAGUCACCCAAGCUGCAUGCAUGCAUCAAGGAAAUCUGCUAGCUUAAUUGUUGGCAAAUCAGUUUGCCGGAUAUUUUUACUCUUGUGUUCCUUGGAUAUAUGCAUGCAUGCGUGUGCCGGGCUCCUUCCAUGUUUUGCUAGCUAUGAGCUCUCGUGUCAUUGCUGCGCAAGAUGUAGCUUUAGGCUGUCACUCGUUCUACAAUAUAUAUAUCCGCGGGGCGGUAAAAUAAAUCAAUAUGUUUUUGUUUCACAUGUGCCAA